GUGAAAUCAUGGCUGUCCAAGGUAAAAAAGCCACCAAAAAAUUUUCAUCUUCAACAACUUCUAUGGGUUCUGAUGAAGAUCUCAAAGUUUACUGUCAGCCAUGUGAUCGUGAUGGACCUAGACUUCCUACCCAUGGCUAUUGUACAAACUGCUCAGAGCAUUUGUGUGAAACAUGUUUUACCCUCCACAGAAGACACACAUUGUCAAGACACCAUACCUUACUAGACAAAACCAAUAUGCCUCAGACCAUGUCACCUGCAACACCAAGACAACCAGAUAUCUUCACAAAACAAUGUCCUAAACACAACAUUGAGAUGAUCAAGUUUUACUGCCAUGAUCAUAAGGCUCUACUUUGCAGUGUUUGUGUUACACUUGAGCAUACAGUAACAUCUUGCAAUGUCAACUAUAUACCUGACAUUUCAGGCAAGACCAUCGAUAGCACAGAAUAUCAAGAUGUAUUGAAGGAUUUGAACGACAUGACUGAGAGAUCAAGCAAAAUACUUCAAGACAUGAAGAAAUUGAAUGAGUUAUCAAACAAGUCUUUGACAGAAGCAUUGACAGACAUAUUGAAAUUCCGAAAAGAAAUCAACCAAAGACUAGAUGAAAUGGAAAGACAAGUCAAAAUGGCUGCAAAAGUCAUCCAAGAGGACAAUAGCAAGAAUCUGAAGACUGUAGAAACAGCAUGUGGAGAUGUACUUAAAUCAUUAAAGUCAUCCUCUGAUGUCAUUAAAAAUCUCAACACUUCCAAACAAGCCAAUGAUUUGUUCAUAGAACUAAAACAUGCACAACAGAUGAUAAAAGAUUAUAAACAGAUUGUUUCUAAGCUCUCUAAAUUUGAAGUCAAAGGGUAUAAGUUUGAACCAAACGAGGUAAUAUCAAAUCUUCUUGAAAAAGAAAAGUCACUGGGGACACUGAAAGGUAGAAUAUUAUCUCCUGCUUUAAGGUCCAGACAAUGUUCACAAAUGGAUAAAAUCGGCAUCAAAACAUCAAAAGACACCAUUGAUUGUAAUAUAUCAGGAAUGACUCUCCUUACUCCUGAUCUUCUUAUCAUCACAGAUUAUAACAACAUGGCCAUGAAAAUAGUUGAUAUCAGUAGCAAAUCUGUUCAAGCUCCGCAUAAGUUUGAUAGUGAACCUUAUGAUGUCACAACAGUUUCACAAAAUGAAGUUGCUGUCACAUUGCCAUUUCAUCAAACUAUUCAGUUCUUUUCUGUUUCUAGAAAUAAUCUCAUGCAGAAGCACACUCUAAAGGUUGAUGGAAUAUGUUAUGGUAUAAGCUGUCAUAAAGAUAAAAUGGUGGUGUCAUACCAAGAUCCAGCUAAAGUUCAAAUCCUUCUUAUCAAUGGCACUGUAUUACAGACAAUACAAGAUGAAAAUAUUUUCAAAAAUCCAAACUAUAUUACAACAAGUGACAAUUGUAUCUUUGUAUCUGAUUAUGUAUUAAAAACAGUUACCAAGUUAAACUGGCAGUGUGAGGUGAGAGGUAAAUAUGUGUGUAAAGAAUCUCCAUGUGGCUUGACAAUGUCAGAUGAUGGGACCGUGUUUGUUUGUAUAGAAAACCCUACCAUAGAAGAGAUAUCAGGAGACUGUAGUAAAGGACAAGUUGUUGUAAAGGAUAUACAAUGGCCUCGAGCUGUCUGCUGGUCUGCUGAAACAUGUACAUUGUACACAAGUAGCAGUGUUAUUCCAGAAUGUAACUUUAUAAACCUCUUCAAACUGUCUAAUUAAUGAAAGAAUUUUUUCUUCAAAGACAGACAAGAUAUUAACAAAUGUAUAGGGAUUUACUUUAUUAUGAUAGAUAGUUCUUAUUAAGAACUGGUGACUGUUAUUUACAGUACCUCUGUAAACAAAUAAACUAUUCCUCACUGGAAUCAGUUACAAUAUUGAAGUUUUUAUCAUCCAGAUUGGUAAAGCAUAAACACCCUUGGUGAGCUUAUAACAAGCUUAUAGCAACAGCAAGCCACCAUCAUUUAACAUACUUGCACACAAGUAGUUGCAGCUAUCUUACAUAAAUUUGAACUGUGACAGUUGUUGCCUAAAUGUUGUUUUUUUACUGCUUUUUUGUUUGUUGUUUUUUUGUUGUUGUUUUUUUUGUUAAAAACUUUUACUUCACCAACUGGUGUAUCUUUUUACUUCUGGACUAGUGGCUUAAUAAACAAUCCAUUGUCACAAUAUACAUUCAGCGAAUAAACUAAUAUCUGUCACAAAAUCAAUCUGAUGAAAUCAGCUCUGAACUAAUGCUAAGCAACUACAAUCUAAGUGUUGAGCAUAAUUUUUCGUCUGCUCAACUCCACUUAAUUCUCCUGCAAACUGGGCUGUCCAGCUUUUUAUAUCAUCAGUCAACAACCAUUUUCACAAUCAUAAAUAUAAAGAGUAACUUAGGCUUACACUUAAUGUGAUUAAUAUCUCCACCAGAAACUUUGACUUUUUUGAAGAAAACAUAUAAUUUAUGAAGUAUCAACUGUGUACAAAGAAUUUCAAUUAAUUGCAAUGCCAACCAGGAUCUUUAUAUAAACUUGCUUUAUACUAAAUUUGAGAGUAAUAUCUUAUUCCUCCUAACUCUAGAUAUUGCCUGAAAACCAUUUUUCUAUUUUUAAAAAUAGUUACCUUGAACCCAGGGGGUCCAAGUGCAACAUCAACUGGGGUCUUUAUAUAAGCUUGGUUUAAGCCAAGUUUAACUACAAUAUCUCAUUCCAAACUCUAGUUAUUGUCUGGAAACAAAUUUUCUGUUUUCGGCAACAGUGACCUUGACCUUGACCAAAGGGGGUCCAAAUGCAAUACCAUUCGAGGUCUUCAUAUAAGCUUGCUAUAAGCCUAAUUUGAUUACAAUAUCUUAUUCCUAACUCAAGUUAUUGUCCAGAAACCAUUUUUCUAUUUUAGUAAUGGUGACCUUAAACUUCGCCCAGGGGUCCAAAUGAAAUACCAACCAGAGUUUCCACACUAGGUUGCUAUAUACCAAGUUUGCAAUAUCUCAUUCCAAACUCUAGUUAUCGUCCUAAAACCAAAGACCAAAAAUCCUACCUGCAAGCAGACACCUAUAAUUAUACCCCCAUAAACUUCAUUUGUGGAGAUAUAAUAAUAGAAACUGCAAUCAAUCAUCUUUACAUACUGACCAAUGAUUGUACAUUUUUAUACAUGCAUAUUGUUAAUAGCUUUACUAUAUAUAUGUGUCAUAAUUAACAAAUCAUACAUUAAUUAUAUAAUAAAUCUUCUUGCUCUAAAACCGUGUGCGU